UCUUGGGGAUUUCUGAUGCUGAGUCUCACACACGCCACAUCCGAACAGACGACGAUCUGCGACAUCGGCCUGAUAAUCCCAAAACACUUCCACACUCCGGAGUCAGAUAUAAUGAAAGGAAACAACAACAUCAACAACCGCUCGCUGUCUGCCUGGAACUGGAUUCCCCACAGCAGCGCCCACAGGAUCCCCAGAGUGAUAUUUGAGGCCGAGUGUGAGUCUCAUCACUGCACGUAUCCUCACAGCCACCAGCACAGGGAGCUGAACUCAGUGCCGAUAUACAGCACCAUUCUGGUGCUCACGCAGGACUCAACAAACAGGAAGUGCUUCAGUGUGAAGUUCCAGAGAGUCACCGUUGGCUGCACGUGUGUGUGGUCCAAAUCAUCGCCAUGACGCCUUGGAGUCCAUGUCAGCCGAACGGUUUUAACACUUCACGAAUAAAUCGAAUAAAACAAGCUUUAUUCUAAACAUUUUUUUUAGACAUUUUUCCAAAGAUGUAUCAAAUAUUAAUUGUGAAAUUGUGUCUAGAUGUGAUUUGAGCUGAUUAUUAUUUCGCACUGA